CCCCUACGAGUUUUUAGACUUGAUGUUUGAGUCUGGAUUUGCCAAUGUCUUCGAUGAUGUUGCUUUCGCCGUUCCCGUUAUGGCCCCGGGCAAGCGCCCUUUUUCGGUGGGGAAACCCACCAAGAUUAUUGACGUUAACCUUCUCCAUGUUUCGUCCUCCCACGCCAAUGAGUUUCUUUUGCGUGAGCUUGCGAAGCAGCACGGUCUCCGACUGACCGGUGUCCUGCAGCCUUGUGGUGGAUGCCUGCAGGCGAAGGGGAAGAAGGCGGGCGUGCCUCACCAAUUGGGCACGCGCGCGGAGCGGCCGCACGAUCUUUGGCACAUCGAUCUGUGUGGGCCGAUGACGGCCUCGCUGGGGGGUUCGUUUUUCAUGAUUAUGUUCGUGGACAGCUUCUCGCGGUGGAUGAAGCUGUACGGGAUGAGGCGCAAGUCGGACACCCUCGCCUUCGUCAAGAAGUUCCUCGCCGACAUGAGUGGCACCGGUGUCCCUCGCUCUUUCCGGAUGGACAACGGGGGGGAGUUCAUCGGACGCGACUUCAUCGCCUUCUGUGACAACGCCGGCAUCCGCCGUACGUACACGGCGCCGGGCACCCCGCAGCAGAAUGGUCCGGCGGAGAGUGCGAUCUGGCGCGUGAACAAGGCCGGCCACGCCGCUCGUCUCGAGGCACCCCGCCUGUUCCCCAAGAUCGACUUCACCCGCGUCCCCGGCUUCGGGCGCGAUGGCGAGCGACUCUGGCUAGAAUCGUGUCACUGGGCUGCCGGCGGCUUCAACCGUUCUCCGACCAAGGCAAACGUCGGGUACAAGUCGCCGCACGAGCUCUUCACCGGUCGCCCGCCACCGCUCCAGAUCGUCCCGUUCUUGCAGCCGGGGUAUAUGCGUGUGACGCGCGCGAGGAAGAUGGAUCCCCAGGCAGUGCUGUGCUGCUACCUCAACAACGGCGACAACCAUCACGAGUCGGCGGUCAAGGUCCUCAAGUUCGCGACGGGGCGCGUGUGCAUGACGAACAACGUCGUGUGGGUCUCCGACCGCGCGCCGUUGCUGACCCCGCCGCUGGAGCUGCCGGCGCCGGCGGACGAGGGGGGAGAUUCGAAUGUCGCCGCCGCACCGUUUCUAAUUGAGUAUAUUUCACCGCCUCUCUUACCCCCCUCACCGUAUGCCCGACCUCCCACUUCACCCGCUGCCAUACUCUCACAGGCGCCGCCGGCAACUUCCACACCACCAUCGCCGGCGGCGCCGUCUACCGCAGCCACACCACCGCCACCGUUCCCCGCGCCGCCUGCAACGCCGCUCGCCGCCGCGCCACCGUUCACCACCACCGCGCCGCCUGCAACGCCGCUCGCCGCCGCGCCACCGUUCACCACCACCGCGCCGCCUGCAACGCCGCUCGCCGCCGCGCCACCGUUCACCACCACCGCGCCGCCUGCAACGCCGCUCGCCGCCGCGCCACCGUUCACCACCACCGCGCCGCCUGCAACGCCGCUCGCCGCCGCGCCACCGUUCACCACCACCGCGCCGCCUGCAACGCCGCUCGCCGCCGCGCCACCGUUCACCACCACCGCGCCGCCUGCAACGCCGCUCGCCGCCGCGCCACUGUUCACCACCACCGCGCCGCCUGCACCGCCGUUCGCCGCCGCGACACCGUUCACCACUGCCGCCUCGCCUCCGGCCUCACCGUUCACCACCGCCGCUGCACCGUCAGUAAUACCGUCUCCCGCCGCCGUGCCGCCCGGUGCCGCGCCUUCCACCAACAUGCCGCCGCUCACUACGAGGACCAUCCGUGAACUGGACGUGGGGCGCGGCGACAUGAGGGUUUCUGGGCGCACGAGGGCAGCCGCUAAGGACCAGGGGGGGGGGCGUGCGUCGUCAAUGCCGCCCCUCUCUGCCAGGGCCAAUCGAGAGCUGGACUUGGGACGAGAGACGCGGGUGCCAGGGAGGUUGAGGGGUCGGCGGGUGCGUUUCCAGGAUGGGGGGGCCGAGCGGUCGACGUCACCUGGCGGGAGCGGCGACGCUCUCGCCCACCGCUUCGGUCUUGUUUCCCUGCAGGACAAGGCAACGCUCCUGUCGACUCUAACCACUCGCAGCAUCGUCGAUGGGGGGAGGAAGGAGAUCCCGAGUUCAGCCGGAGGACGUGAUGGAGCGGAGCCGGGGGGGCGAGAGCGGGAGGGCACGAAAACAGAAGGACUGCGUGAAGAAGUCCCAUUUGCGUGCGCCACCUUGCUUGCCUCCCGCGAGGACAUUGAUCGCGCGAUGAGGGAUUUAGAUCCCCCGGAAGUGGCACCGGACUUGCCACAGUGCUAUGCGAGCGACUUGCGCGUACCCAAAACGUAUAGGGAGGCUGUGUCCUCUCAACAUGCUGACUUGUGGAUACACUCUGUAGAGAAGGAGUUCAGAGGCCUGAUGGAGGCUGGUACCUUUGAGGAAGCAUUUGUCCAGUCGGAUUUGGAUGAGGAUGUUUUUAUGCGUCUGCCAGAGGGGUGUGGUAGAUUAUCAGGUAUGAUCGUGAAGUUGAACAAGAGUCUAUAUGGCCUUAAGCAGGCAUCAAGGCAGUGGCACUCACACUUGGCGAGGUGUUUGAUUUGUUUGGGUUUUAUUCAGUGUAUGGCGGAUACGUGUGUGUUUCGGUUGAUUGAGGAGGGAAGAGUGGUAGUGACUCUGGUGGUACAUGUAGAUGAUAUAUUUUCGAUAGGAGAAGAGGAGAGGUGUGACCAGUUUGGCAGGGACCUCAACACCAUGGUACCUGUGAAGAAUCUUGGGGAUUUGAGAUGGUACUCUGGAUGUUUUUAUGAGAGAGAUUGGGAUGCAGGAACUUUGAAGAUCUCGCAGCAGACGUACGCUGAAGAGUUGGGGAUGGAGUUUGGGGUAGAGUACGGGAAGGAAAUUCCUCUUCCUGUAGGGUUGAAGCUUUCAGAGUUUGACCAGGAUGAGGAAGUGGUAUCAUGGCCUUUUCGUGAGCUGAUAGGAUCAUUGAUGUGGCUGGCAACGCAAACGAGGCCAGAUAUCGCGAAUGCAGUAAGAGCGGUGGCACGGUACUGUGCCUCUCCAAAAGAGAUUCAUUGGAGAGCAGGGCUUGGUAUUUUGGGGUAUGUGGUAAGGACUAGUGACUUGGGUAUUACAUUCAGGAGGGGUAGUGUAGCAGGAUUAACCAUGGAGGUGUUCGCAGACGCAGACUAUGCAAGUAAGGCUGCCGAUAGGAGGUCUGUGUCAGGGGGAUUGGUGAUGUGUGGGGGGGGAUGUAUUUCUUGGUUUUCAAGGACCCAGAAGUGCGUUACCACGACAGAGGCGGAGUAUGUCUCUCUUGCGGAUGUGAUGAAGGAAGUGUUGUUUCUGAGGCAGGUGUGGCGUUUCAUGUUACCAGAAGCAGGCAUGCCAUGUAUUCCGGUGUUCGAGGAUAACCAAGGGGCUAUUCAGUUGGCGCAAAACCCGAUAAGCAACAGUAACUCGAAGCACAUCGACGUAAGGCACCACUUUAUCAGGGAACUGGUAGGCAGGAAGGAGAUUUCGAUUUUUCACGUGGAAUCGGCGUAUCAACAUGCUGACUUUCUCACGAAAGCACUUCACACGGGAGAUUUUGAGUUUCAUCGUAACUACGUGAUGAGUAUGGAUUAAUAUCUUGGUGUUUGGGUUUAUUUUGUGUUUGAUCAAACAACUGGGGUGGCAACAUUUUACAUUUUUGCCUAUGGUUUUUCUCAAUGGAUGAUGUUCUAGGUAGGCUGGGGGGCAACAAGUUCACUGAAGUUCGAAGAAGUAUAACUGGUAUGAUCGGGGAUGGUUAUUGAUGUCUAGCCAAUGAGGCUAUUGUUCUAGAGUUGAGUGGAGUUUCUGGUUUUAUUUUCUUGUGUUUCGGAGUUAUUGAGGAUCGAAAAAGACAUGGCAUGGUCACAAGCAGGGGGGCUGAUAGAUAUACUUGUAGCAAUGCCAAGUGGUUGUAGGAUUGUGUGGUACGUGGAAUGUUUUUCCAGGAUGUGCAAGGUACCCCUGUUGUAUACUGCGUCGCCCCCUCAUGGUGGUGCGUGCACGCGUGCGUUCAGUUCAUGUGGUUUUAUGUAAGUUCAUGUGAGUUCAUGUGAGUUCAUGUGAAGAAGAAGUUUAUGCAACAAACCCUACACGUCUUUCCUCCUUGGCGCGAGCUCGCCGAGUUGCCGACACCCUAUUCAACACACGUCUUGCGACAAGCUACCCCCAGUUCGGAUCAUCCUAACACGUUGGGGAGGAACCAAAAACGGUUUCGAUGGUCCAAAAGUGUGUCUUGGUGGAAGUUGCGGCUUCACGGCAUGUCGUCAGGCAUAUAUUGUACGUCCCCCCUGGUUUGAAGCACAGCAUCACCCAGCCUUCGUUAAUCUCGACAAUAUCUUCAAGCCCGUUUCACAUGGCGUCGUGCGAACCUUUUCCUCGAAAACGUGUAGUGGCCUUUCGCCUCUCGGGCUAGCGUGGCCGUCCUUUGUGUGAGAUGUUGGUUCAUUUUUGUUUCGCUCUUGUCGUCCGAAGAUGUUGUUGGUGGUGUUGGUGGUGGCGUUGCCCUCACGUUAAAAACCCUUCCGGUCUCGUUCUCACUUCAUUGUGAUGUCGUCACUGGUCCAACUGACGCGGACAUCUU